AUGCCUCUCCGACUCUCAUCGAAAAAGAGCUCAGCUGUGGCCACCAAGCCCGAAGCAAUGUCGUCUGAAUUGACCCUGGUCGACUCUUCAAAUACACCAGUCAACAAGAAAACUUCAGCUGCGCCAUCCAAGCACGCGAAGAUGUCAUGGAAAGAGGCACAAGAACUCUGCAAAAAGGAACGAAACUGGGAAGCUCGAGCGCGUCUCUAUAGCGUGCUCUGA